UUCCAUCCUGUUGCUAUUUCUAAACAAACAAGCAUCCUUUCUUCACUCUGAUAUCUUCUUUCUCCAGGCUCAACAACACGAGUCCAAGAUCAUGAAUAUUGCGCAUUUCUUGUUCGGCAUAUUCGGCAAUGCUUCUGCUCUUUUCCUCUUCUUGGCUCCAGUGAUCACAUUCAGGAGAAUCGUGAAGAGCAAAUCCACGGAGAAGUUCUCUGGAAUUCCUUACGUCAUGACUUUGUUGAACAACCUCCUUUCUGCUUGGUAUGGCCUGCCGUUUGUGUCGCCUCACAACAUACUGGUCACAACCAUCAACGGCACCGGGGCCGUGAUCGAAAGCAUAUACGUUUUGAUCUUCGUCAUAUUCGCGCCCAAGAAAGAGAAGGCUAAGAUUCUCGGGCUGUUCGCGCUGGUGCUCACGGUCUUCUCUGCCGUGGUGUUCAUCUCCCUCUUCGCCCUCCACGGCGGCCCCAGAAAGGUGUUCUGCGGCUUAGCCGCCGCCAUAUUUUCCAUCAUCAUGUAUGGAUCGCCCCUCUCCAUCAUGAGGCUGGUGAUCAGAACAAAGAGCGUGGAGUUCAUGCCUUUCUUCUUGUCGUUGUUCGUGUUCCUGUGCGGUACUUCCUGGUUCAUCUUUGGACUGCUGGGCCGCGAUCCAUUUGUGGCAGUACCGAACGGUGUGGGUUCGGCGCUGGGGGCCACGCAGCUCAUACUGUACACGAUCUACCGUGACAGCAAAAGCGGCUCCAAGAAGGAAACCACAGCGGCUGAAGUUGAUGAGCAUGAAUCUAUGGAGAUGGGCGCCGCAAAGCCCCCUCCCACAACUCAAGAAGCAAUUACUACUCAACAGUAACCAUGGAGCUCAACAAGGACACCUGUCCAUCUGGGACGCGUGUUGCCUCGUAUUAAGCAGCACUAGUUUCAUUCUAAAUGCGCUGAAGUUGUAGUCUACUCAACUGCCAUAAGGCUGAAUUCUCGUUUACUUCUUAAUUCCUCUCCGUGGUGGAAGCGCCAUCACAGACAUGUUUCCUCUCAAAGUGUGAUACGAUCCAUAAUUACAAUAAUAGUCUAGUGAAAUUCUGGAAGAAGGUAUGAGACAAAGGUGUAAUCUGCUAAUAUUUCCAUAAUUUUGGACUGACAGUCAGGGGGGGUUCAUGA